CCGGAAGAGGCCUGACCUAAGAUGGCGGCGCCCACAGGUGCCGGGAAGAGCCUCUCAUGUCGGGGAACGGAGCUGUGUGGGGUCGCGUGCGAAGCCGCCUCCGCGCCUUCCCCGAGUGUCUAGCGGCCUGUGGGGCCGAGGCCGCCGCCUACGGCAGGUGCGUGCAGGCGUCCACGGCCCCGGGCGGCUGCUUGAAGAAGGAUCUGUGUGCGCAGGAGUUCGAGGCUUUGCGGAGCUGCUUCGCUGCUGCGGCCAAGAAGACCCUGACAGGAGGCCGUUAGGAAGGACUACGAGCUCCAGUACACGUCCCUGGGUGCCUGAAACUGAUGAUCUCAAGGGGCAAGCGUCUAAAACCUCAAAAGCUCUUGGGGCUAAAAGGACUGAAAACACAUUAGGCGCGCAUGAGCAGAGGGGAAUGGGUUUUCCAGCCUUGCACGCCUAAGGAUUUGGGGAGAAUAAGAUACAGUGAACCCACAAUAAAGAUCAGAUCAGAUACUGUAA